UAGCCACGGACGGAGAUGGGUGUGUCGUGGUACGCGGUGAUAGUGCUGGUGGCCACCGCGCUCGGCGCCUCUAUUGGCCUAAAGUUCAUCCCAUACCGCGUCCCGUCCAAUGAGCCCGUCGUAAAGACGAGCCGCAUCCUAAGGACGAUAAUGCAAGUAUCCGAGAAGCAAGUACUGGAGAAGUCAGCAUGCGGCCGCGUGUGGGUGACAGUGCACUCCCCAAGCAUCAACCAAGGCGACCGGGUCAUGCUGCAAGACGCCAUCGAGCUCAACUGGGACUUUAACAAGUGUGACAAAAUACCGAAAAGGAUCGGGCUAUUCGAUGACCGGCCAGGCUCCUGGAACAACGCGCUCCAAGUGUUCUCGAUCGACGCAAAGCAAGGCUACGUCAUCACCACCAUCUCCCUGGGGGAUCCCGCACUGCCCGCCGGCUGGGACAAGGGCCCGGGCCUCAAGGGACCCCACUGUCUGUGGCCCUGGGCUGGCGCGGGUGACGGCAGUACGUCCAUCACGUCAUACAACUGUCUGAAAAUACAGCCGUCUUGGAUGGAGGAUAAUCCCGACAUCAACAGGCUACGUGUUGGUGAGCUAGCGAUCGCCGGCACCCACAACGCAGGUGCGUGGCGGUUCGACACGGAAAUCAGCACCGUCUCGCGAGACAGCUUCGUUCUCUGCCAGGAUCGCUCGGUCUGGGCACAGCUCGUCCACGGCAUCAGAUACUUCGACUUCAGAGUCGCGUACUACGACUUUUAUCCUGAUCAGGAUGACAGGUAUUGGUUAAACCAUAACUUAAUACGAGUCCGUCCAUUAGUACCACUGCUCAAAGAAAUUCGGGCGUUUCUGGAUGGCACUAAAGAGAUUGUAUUCCUCGACGCACACCACUUCCCGAUCGGUUUCUACGAGCAAGACGGUUCCCCCAUCCGCGUCGUGCACCAGGGUCUCAUCCAGCUUGUGCAGCGAGAGCUGGGGCCACACGUGGCGUUCUCGCGGGACUUUGGGACCGGCGCUGGGACCAAAGGUCCCACUGUUCAGUCGUUGUUGGACGCUAACAAGCGGCUGCUGUUCAGCUACGUGGAUAACGCGAUUGUGUCAGGAGGAGACUUUCGCAGAUGGUCUCGAAUGCUGCGCGCUCGGUGUCUGUCAGAGCGUGGGCUAUCCGCCAACUCAUUUUAUGAAAACAAUUGGCUAUGGCCGACGUUGCCGCACCUGUGGGCGAACACGAACAACCCGAGCGAGCUGUACUCGUACUUGGACCGCGCCAUCGGCUCUGUCAACCAGAGCAACGCGCGCUCGCCCAUGCACUCCGCCAUGGCGCAGACCACGCCCACCGUGCUCGACAUCCUCUUCCUCCGCGGCUCGCUCAGGGAAAACGCCGAUGCCGUCAAUCGCAACGUAACCCAACACCUUCAAACAACCUGGCGGAAAAACGCCAACAUAGUCUCCAGUGACUUCUUCCUGGGCAAUGACGUUGUAGACGUCUCCAUAGCGAUAAGCCUCGAGCGGAGCCGUAAGAGCCGAUGGUCAUGACGACGCUCGCGGCCAGCCUCCCGCCGCGGCGGUCUCCAUGUGAACGCUCUCAAGUCCCUCGUGCGGCCCCCGCACCGCUCCCCCUGGCUCCCGCGAGCGAGGAUCCGCACCGAACCGCCUCACCUUAACUGGCCAAUUUAACGCGUCGCCGGCCAAUUACAGAUAUCCGCUGCGCUAAGAUCACUGCCCGACUUCUUAAUAUAACGUCCACCGGACAAUAGUGAGAUAAUUUUAGUAUUGUAUAGUUAGGGCCAGAACUAGUCCUUAGGUAUUGACGCUACUUAUAAAGUAACGGAUUUGUAUAUAUGUACGUAUAUUUAAAUAUACUUUGUGCCAAAUGAA